AUGGGUAAGACCAACCCAGCUGAACCAACCAUGCAAGCGGGUAAGGGUGACUCAGAGGCCAGACUCGUUACUGUCAACUCCAUUGAUGACUGGUGUAUUUUCGGUCCAAAGGAUGAAGGCAAGACUAUCGGUGAGACCGAAGCUGAGCAAGUUGCUUGGUGUACUCAACCAAGAAACAACGCAAGACUCAUUCCAGAAGGUACAAUCAAGGCUGCUCACUUCAUCAAGACUCCAUUCUACGUUCAAGUCGUAGGUUGGGGUGACUUCACCAAGAUUGGCCUUAAGGAUGGUGACUACGGUGGAGAACUCGACCCACACGGUGCUACUGGUGAUGGUAACCCAGUUGGUGGUAACGUUACCUCAAACAUCUCAGGCUCUGAUGUCCACUACGCCGAAUGGAUGGAGUUCCUCUCUUACGAGCAAGUCUGUCUCAGAGUUUGCACAGCUGGUAACGAAACUUACCCAGCAUCUGUUAUGUGUGAGCACAAGCUCGAUGAAAUGGGUUGUUCAUUCAUUAUGCCUGGUGACUACGAAGAACAAAACUUCCAAACAUGUGAUGCCGACCCAGCAUACCCACCAGGUAUGUUCCCAGUCGGUGAGAACUCAUACAGCUCUUUCGCACAAAGAUACACUGGUACUCUCACUCAAGAAGGUGGUCAACUCACAACUUACACCAUUGGUGACACCGCUACUCCAUCUAGCGCAGCUAUGACACCUUCCUCAUCAAACUGUGUUACUCAAUCUAGCUUAAAUGUUCCUAAGCAAUCCACAAAGUCUACCACCGAUUCUAAUGGAAAGCCAACUCAAGAUGUUACCACAAACGGUGGAGGUGCUAGUAACCAAGAUGGUGACUCUGCUGCUCAAUCAUACAAUGGCUUGAUCGGCUUGGUCUCCGCAUCUUCAAUCGCCCUCCUCGCUGGUGCAGCUAUCUUCGUUUAA